AUGGUGGCUCGGAGCUCUCGCUCACUCGUCGGGCUGGAUCUCGAAAUAGAGGGACUCGUCCUCGUCGAGAUCCUCUCCUUCGUCGUUUUGAUCUCGACAUUGAAGGGGCGGAGGGUUUUUUCGAUGGCGGCGUCAUCGGCGGUGUGCUCAUGGCUAAUGGCCGCAUGCAUGUCCGUCGCCUGCGAGAACGAUUCCGGCGCCUCCAUGCUGUGCCCGAGGAGGGCGGCGUCGUUCGAUCCUUCGCGCCUUGGCAGGUGGGCCGCCCGCCGCCGGAGGAGGGUUGUCGCGAAAUGCGCUCCCCACCUGUGCGGCAUCCGGGACCUCGUGAAUUCCUGCCUCGCGUUCGAGCCCUGCGAUGACUUCUACAGGUCCUCGCUCGCCGCCGAUGGGUUCUUCGGGUUCGGAUCGAGGAAUGUUCCGGUGCACCGCAGGCGCCUGAAGCUCCUGCGACCGUUGGCCCAUUCAGGAGAAGUAAUGGCAGUAGCUGUUAAUCCAACCAUGGAAGUUACAUCCAAGAAAAAACCUCAAACAAAUCAAAGGAGAGUGGUUGUGACGGGUAUGGGUGUGGAGACACCACUUGGUCAUGAUCCAGAUAUCUUUUAUAAUAACCUGCUGGAAGGAAUCAGUGGGAUUAGUGAGAUUGAGGCUUUCGAUUGUUCGCAAUUUCCUACUAGAAUUGCUGGAGAGAUCAAAUCAUUCUCCACAGAUGGUUGGGUUGCUCCCAAACUUUCUAAGAGAAUGGACAAAUUCAUGCUUUAUAUGUUGACAGCAGGCAAGAAGGCUUUGGCGGAUGCAGGAAUUACAGAGGAUGUGAUGGAAGAAUUGAAUAAAAAGAGAUGUGGCGUGCUAAUUGGCUCUGCUAUGGGUGGGAUGAAAGUUUUUAAUGAUGCAAUUGAAGCGUUACGGAUCUCAUAUAGGAAGAUGAAUCCAUUUUGUGUACCUUUUGCAACUACAAAUAUGGGUUCUGCCAUUCUCGCCAUGGAUCUGGGAUGGAUGGGACCAAACUACUCAAUAUCUACCGCAUGUGCAACGAGCAACUUCUGUAUACUGAAUGCUGCUAACCACAUUAUUAGAGAUGAAGCAGACAUGAUGCUUUGUGGUGGCUCCGAUGCGGCAAUCAUUCCAAUUGGAUUGGGAGGCUUUGUUGCUUGCAGAGCAUUGUCACAGAGAAACAGUGAUCCGACUAAAGCAUCACGUCCUUGGGAUAGUAAUCGUGAUGGAUUUGUUAUGGGAGAAGGGUCUGGAGUAUUGCUCUUGGAGGAGCUUGAACAUGCUAAGAAUAGAGGUGCAACUAUUUAUGCCGAGUUUCUUGGUGGAAGCUUCACUUGUGAUGCUUAUCACAUGACAGAGCCUCAUCCACAAGCAGGAACUGGCGUCAUUCUGUGUGUAGAGAAAGCUUUAGCUCAGGCAGGGGUAUCUAAGGAAGAUGUGAACUAUAUAAAUGCACAUGCAACAUCUACUCCAGCUGGUGAUCUUAAGGAGUAUCAGGCUCUUCUUCAUUGUUUCGGGCAGAACCCAGAGAUAAGGGUGAACUCCACAAAAUCUAUGAUUGGGCACCUACUUGGCGCAGCUGGUGCUGUGGAGGCUGUUGCAACUGUCCAGGCUAUCAGGACUGGCUGGGUUCAUCCAAACGUCAAUCUUGAACAUCCAGAUGGUGGUGUGGAUUCGUCUGUGCUGGUGGGAUCGACAAAAGAAAAACUGGACAUCAAGGUGGCAUUGUCUAAUUCAUUUGGUUUUGGUGGCCACAACUCAUCAAUUUUAUUUGCCCCGUUCAAGUAG